UAACUAGCCGUCAUCAUACUACGCAUGUCUCGACUCAGCAGGAACAAAGGACCGUUAUGCCGUCCGUUAAAGCUGUUGCUUAAUACGCAUGCGUAGCUGCUUUUGGAGUAGUUAAAAUGGCGGCGCCGGUGGAUCUUGAGUUGAAAAAGGCAUUUUCUGAACUUCAAGCUAAGGUCAUUGAAACCCAACAAAAGGUGAAACUGGCAGAUAUACAAAUAGAUCAGCUGAACAGAACAAAAAAGCAUGCACAUCUUACAGACACAGAGAUCAUGACUUUGGCUGAAGAAACGAGAAUGUAUGAAGGUAUAGGACGAAUGUUUAUCCUUCAUCCCAAAGAAGUAAUUCACAAUCAGCUCUUAGAAAAACAAAAAGUAGCAGAAGAAAAAAUUAAGGAACUGGAGCAAAGGAAAUCAUAUUUGGAACGGAGUGUAAAAGAAGCUGAAGAUAAUAUCCGGGAGAUGCUCACAGCUAGAAGAGCACAAUAAGCUCCUUGUGUUUGGACUGAAUAGUUGAACCCCUACUGUUAAACAUUCAGAGAUGCGUAAGAUACGAAAAACUUGGUUUAUGUAACUAGCUGCAUCAUGUCAACCCAACUUUGUAUUUUGAUGCACUAAUAAACUACUGAAUUUAUAUACCAGGA